CUCAAGAAGGACAAAGAGGGAGGGGAGAGAAAGGGAGUUACCAUCGCCUUGGCAUCGCUCUUCCUUUCAAACCUCUGUGUAAUGAUAUUGUUUGCAGUGAUGCUCAGACAGCGAGCACCUGCUGCUCUGUAAUGAUUCAGCCUCUUUCAGCCGCCGCUGUAACGCGACAGGAUGCUGCUGCUACUGUCACUUCUGCCGCUGCCGCUGUUGUUACAGAUUUUGCUUUUGCUCCUUCUACCGCAUGACAAUUGUUUUCCUCGCCUAAGCAGAUACCAGCCUCAGAUGCUCAAGGUGAGAGUCUUGCCUUUCGCUCUGGGCUAUUGGUUCACUUAAUCUGGUCAAUUUGUUCGCUCGUUCGUGGUUUUCUUUCUCUCCACCCUCCUUCCCCCCCGUUUUGUUUUGUCGCGCUUGCUUUCGGGGGGACGUUCUUUCCCUCCCUCAGAAGAGCUGGAAUUGCUUGAGAGGCGUUUGAGGAAUUAUAAAAGUGGCCAGGAGACAGGAGCGCAGUAAUCACCGAGCUGCUCUUGCUUCGGAGAGGCAGCGAGAGCAGCAGAGGGCUCGGGGCGGGGGGCAGGGAGGCCUCAUUCCCCCCCCCCCCCCCGUGCAUCCCUCCUCUCCCAGUUCGGAUGGUGUUGCCGGGCUCAGACUUUUUGUUGCCUCCUGCUCUGUGAUUUUUGCAGAGCGCUGCGAAUAUUACUACCGUCUCUUUUUGUCUGUGUCUCACAGUAAUGGACUGUGGUAGAGUUAAGGCCUUUUGGAGGUGAGCUGUGUGAGAACUGAUGCUUAAACAUGUCUGAAGUAGCCGCCGACACUUUCCCCAGCCCCUCGGCUCAGCUGAGCCCUGACGCGUCCCUCGACGGGCUCCCGGCUGAGGAGAACAUGCCGGGGCCCCACAGAGAGGACCGGAGGGUCCAGGGGGUAGCAGGCCUUGCCGCGACCUGCUGCGUGUGCCUGGAGGCAGAGCGACUCAAGGGCUGCCUCAACUCCGAAAAGAUCUGCAUCGCCCCUAUCCUGGCGUGCCUGCUCAGCCUCUGCCUCUGCAUUGCUGGCCUCAAGUGGGUCUUUGUGGACAAGAUUUUUGAGUAUGACUCUCCCACCCACCUUGACCCCGGGAGGAUAGGACAAGACCCAAAGAGCACUGUGGAUCCUACAGCUCUGUCUGCCUGGGUGCCUUCGGAGGUGUAUGCCUCACCCUUCCCCGUACCUAGCCCUGAGAGCAAGGCUGAAGUGACAGUGCAAACUGACAGCUCGCUCGCGCCCUCCAAGCCCUUCUUCCUCCAGCCUUCUCUGUACAACCGCAUCCUAGAUGUCGGGUUGUUGUCCUCUGCCGCACCUUCGCUGUCACCAUCUGCCCUGGAGCCUACCACCGCGUCCCAGGCGCAAGCAACAGAAACCAAUCUCCAAACUGCUCCAAAACUUUCUACUUCUACAUCUACAACUGGGACAAGUCAUCUCACGAAAUGUGAUGUAAAGCAGAAAGCCUUCUGUGUAAAUGGGGGAGAGUGUUACAUGGUUAAAGACCUCCCAAACCCCCCAAGAUACCUGUGCAGGUGCCCAAAUGAAUUUACUGGUGAUCGCUGCCAAAACUACGUAAUGGCCAGCUUCUACAAGCAUCUUGGGAUUGAAUUUAUGGAAGCUGAGGAACUGUACCAGAAACGGGUGCUGACCAUAACUGGCAUUUGCAUUGCUCUUCUAGUAGUUGGCAUCAUGUGUGUGGUGGCCUACUGCAAAACCAAGAAGCAGAGGAAAAAGUUGCAUGACCGCCUUCGGCAGAGCCUCCGCUCGGAGAGGAACAAUGUAAUGAACAUGGCCAAUGGGCCUCACCACCCCAACCCACCACCAGACAACGUCCAGCUGGUGAACCAGUACGUUUCAAAAAAUGUAAUCUCCAGUGAGCGUGUCAUUGAACGAGAGACAGAGACCUCGUUUUCCACGAGCCACUACACCUCAACAACACAUCACUCCACAACAGUCACCCAGACGCCCAGCCACAGCUGGAGUAAUGGCCACACUGAAAGCAUCCUCUCCGAAAGCCACUCGGUGCUUGUCAGUUCCUCGGUGGAGAACAGCAGGCACACCAGCCCGACAGGGCCACGGGGCCGCCUCAAUGGCAUUGGUGGGCCACGGGAAGGCAACAGCUUCCUCCGGCAUGCAAGAGAGACCCCUGACUCCUACCGAGACUCUCCUCACAGUGAAAGGUAUGUCUCAGCUAUGACCACACCAGCUCGCAUGUCACCUGUUGACUUCCACACUCCGACUUCUCCCAAGUCUCCCCCAUCUGAAAUAUCACCGCCGGUUUCCAGCUUAACGGUCUCCAUCCCUUCAGUGGCGGUGAGUCCCUUUAUGGAAGAGGAGAGACCGCUGCUCCUGGUGACCCCGCCACGGCUGCGUGAGAAGUACGACAACCACCUUCAGCAGUUCAACUCCUUCCACCACAAUCCUGUCCACGAGAGCAACAGUCUGCCACCAAGUCCUCUGAGGAUAGUGGAGGAUGAGGAGUAUGAGACCACGCAGGAGUAUGAACCAGCACAGGAGCCUCCAAAGAAACUCACCAACACCCGUCGGGUAAAAAGAACAAAGCCCAAUGGCCAUAUUUCCAGCAGGGUGGAAGUGGACUCCGACACAAGCUCUGAGAGCACCAGCUCUGAGAGCGAAACAGAGGAUGAAAGAAUAGGUGAGGAUACACCAUUUCUGAGCAUACAAAACCCCAUGGCCACCAAUAUGGAGCCGGCCACUGCGUACCGGCUGGCUGAGAGCAGGACUAACCCAGCAAAUCGCUUCUCCACACCAGAAGAGUUGCAAGCAAGGUUGUCUAGUGUAAUAGCUAACCAAGACCCUAUUGCUGUAUAAGACAUAAACAAAACACAUAGAUUCACAUGUAAAACUUUAUUUUAUAUAAUGAAGUAUUCCACCUUUAAAUUAAACAAUUUAUUUUAUUUUAGCAAUUCCGCUGAUAGAAAACAGGAGAGGAAAAAAAAACUUUUAUAAAUUAAAUAUACAUAUGUACAAAUGUGUUAUGUGCCAUAUGUAGCAAUUUUUUACAGUAUUUCAAAAAUGGGGAAAGAUAUCAAUGGUGCCUUUAUGUUAUGUUAUGUUGAGAGCAAGUUUUGUACAGCUACAAUGAUUGCUGUCCCAUAGUAUUUUGCAAAAUCUUCUAGCCCUCAGUUAUCCCGGCUUUUUUGUGCACUGCAUUAUAAUGACUGGAUGUAUGAUUUGCAAGAAUUGCAGAAGUCCCUCUGUUUGCUUGUUGUAGAAUCCCCAGAU